AUGUCUUCCGAUGAGCAUGAAGUCUUCCACGAGCGAUAUGCCGCAUUCGGCCUGCAGUUCAAGCAGCUGUUUGCCGUGAAGGCCAAGCUGUCCUUCGCCAAGGCCAAGGCCGCGGCAGCGCAGAACCUUCGGUACACAGCCUACACGUCCGAUGUCGGAGAAGCAUUCCGGCCAGUCGUGCCAACCUGGGCGGUCAGAGGGACCUACGGGCUAGCGAUAUCGUACAUCUUUGGCGAAAUCGGCCUGACAACCUACCGCGAGCACGAGGCAGGCGGGGAUGCGGCUCGAGCCUUUGCGCACGCGGCGCUCUUCCAAGGCAUGGCAUCGCUCGCGCUCCCGAUGGUGAUCAUACAUCAGACGGUCCACGCGGCGCAGGCCGUGACCAAGCGAAUCGGGCGCUUCACCAAGUGGGGCCCGACCAUCGCUGGCCUCGCGCUGAUCCCCGCUCUGCCAUACGCGAUCGACGAGCCCUGCGAGAUUGCAAUCGACAACAUCUUUGAGCAGAUCUGGCCCGCAGCGGAGGCGGAGGCGGAGAGGCGAAGCCGGUUGGGGAAGAGGCAGUCGUCCCUCUCGUACGUUUUGCAGGCGGUUGGGGCGGAUGGGGGAGGUGACAUUACGGGCGGUACGGGCUCGGCGGGAGUCGAGGGUGGCGGGAGAGGACCGCAGCAGGGCGAGUAG